CACACACAGCAAUGAUACAAAUAUCAAUGGCCUGGGAUAAGAAACCAUUAUUAUUCCAGCUAGUCUUUCCUAUAAUGAAAUUUAUUAUUUACCCCAUUGUAUUCUGUAGAGCUCGAUACAGAGUACCUGCAUGCAUAGUAUGUUAAUAUUAUUUCACUCCAUCCACCAUUCAAGCGGUGACUUUUCUGCCAGCAAAAUAACCCGACUAAGGAGAAGGGCCAUGGUCAUCUCAAUAUAAUCGAUCACGACUUCAGAUCACAAAGAAAACUUGAAAAUAAUAAUUUGCUUUACUUUAACUGAUAUUGUUUGUGGUUGCCUGGUUCUGGUAUAACUAUACCAAUUGGCUCAAGACAAGAUGGCUCCUCGUGGUUUCACAAAUCCAGCUCCAAAAACCGAGUCUGCGCGUUCUGCUUUGAGCUCUUUCACAUGUACCCUUUGCAAUAAAUCAUACUCUCGUCAUCCCGAAUAUGAAGCCCAUAUCUCCUCGUAUGACCAUCAACAUCGCAAACGACUUCAAGAUCUUAAGCAACUCUCGCGUGAUCCAAAUGCCGCAGAGAAGGCCAGGAGAGCAGAGAAAAAAGCCGACGCGGAAGCUGGCUUGAGGGUGAUCGACACCACCCAAAAUCGUCCAGCUCCUGGGCCUGGUCCCGGGAGCGUCAGCGGUGGUGUAGGAAAAGGAUCUGGAUUCAAGAAGGGGGGGUUCAAGAGCUCCUUCACGGCCGUCAAGGGUACUGCUGCUCCUGCAGCGCCUGUGAAAAAAAACGUCUUGGGAGAUGACGAUGAUGGAGUAGAGGCCAUCCGGACGAACGUCGAUUAUCAAGUGAAACCAGACAAACACACAGCAGUUGAAGACAAUGAUGGCGAAAGUGAUACUGAUGAAGAUUACGCCGACGAUCGAGUCGGUGGGGGCUACUAUGAUCCGCGAAAGCCUACAGAUUGUUUUGCUACUUGCACAGGAAUCAAAAAGGUUGACGCCACCGCACUAUGACCAAGCUUAUUCACCGUUCUUUUGUAUUCUAAUGGCCAAAAUGUGCACAAAUUGGUUAGAUGGAACUUGGAGUCCAGAUCCGCCAUAGACAUCAAAGUUUUACCAUCUAUAUCAAGGCUGGGCGACUUAGGCGCUUUCUCUUCUUACGUCAAAUAUGGACUUCGUGAAAACAUUAUCUGGUGGAAAUGGUUU